UUGAGACAAGGUCCCAAAAUUUAACACCUAUAAAAAAGAACCAAUAUUUCUCUUCGUUUCUACAUUUUUUCUACUUCUCUUUUGCUUCUCAUGGGCGCUAACUCUUCUUCCAUAGACUCAAACUCUGCUAAUGGCUCAAACCAUCCGCCAUUGAAAACUAAGCUUGAAGAUAUACCAGAAGCUUGUGCUGCUCUUAUUCUCUCUUAUUUGGAUCCACCAGAAAUCUGCAAAUUAGCCCGUCUUAGUCGGGCCUUUUCGGCCGCUUCUUCUGCGGAUUUUAUUUGGGAUUCCAAAUUGCCCUCCAAUUAUCGGUAUAUUCUCGAGGAAUUGCUGGCCAUGAGUAUUGCAGGCAUGGGUAAAAAGGACAUUUUUGCAAAGCUUUCCCGGCCCAAUUCUUUUGAUUCUGGCACAAAGGAGGUAUGGAUUGAUCAGAAUAAUGGAGGGGUUUGUUUGGCAGUUUCAGCUAAAGGAAUGACGAUUACCGGAAUUGAUGAUCGGAGAUAUUGGAAUCAUAUUCCGACAGACGAAUCAAGAUUCGGAAUUGUCGCUUACCUUCAUCAAAUCUGGUGGGUUGAAGUUGAUGGAGAAUUAGAGUUCCAAUUUCCUGCAGGGACAUAUAGUGUAUUCUUUAGACUUCAGCUUGGCAAAUUUACCAAGAGGUUGGGACGUCGAGUCAUCACUAACACUGAACAAGUUCACGGCUGGGAUUUAAAGCCCGUGCAGUUCCAGUUAACAACGUCUGAUGGUGGAUGUGUCAUGUCCAAAUGUUAUCUAGACAAUGUAGGAACUUGGGUACAUCACCAUGUGGGAGAUUUUGUGGUUAAGGAUUCCGCGACCAUGACAAAGUUAAAAUUUUCUUUGAUGCAGAUUGAUUGUACACACACUAAAGGUGGUUUGUGCGUAGAUUCUGUGUUAAUAUGCCCGAUAAGUUUAGCAAAAGAGUUGAGAUCUUCCUGAUAGUUUCAUAACAACCACAUUAUUAUUUGCCCCCAAGACUUUGGUCUAGUGGUAAGAGCGCAACGCGUGAUGAGUGGGUUAGGUGCAUGUCACGGGUUCAAAAUCUGCCGCAGAUAAAAGUUUGGUAUUUAAGUGGAGAAAGGUAAAAGGACGGGUUCACCAUCCAUCGAAUUUUGAACCGUCCGCCAGUUAACGACGUCUGAUGGUCGAUGUGCCAUGUCGAAAUGUUAUCUAGACAAUGUAGGAACUUGGGUUCAUCACCAUGUGGGAGAUUUUGUUGUUAAGGAUUCCACGGUCAUGGCAAAGUUAAGAUUUUCUUUGAUGCAUAUUGAUUGUACACAUACUAAAGGUGGUUUGUGUGUAGAUUAUGUGUUAAUAUGUCCGAUUAGUUUAGCAAAAGAGUUGAGAUCUUCCUGAUGGUUUCAUAAGGAUGAUCUUUUGCGCCCAAGCCUUUGGUCUAGUGGUAAGAGUGAUGAGUGAGUUAGACACACGUCAACUGUUGAAAACCUGCCGUAGACAAAAUUUGAUAUUUAAGUGGAGAAUGAUAGGUCGAUUAUCCA